GUCACAUUUCUAGUUUCAGGAGAUAUCCUUUUUAAAGUAAAGGUUAAAAUUCUCGUUAUUGUUAUAUUUGUUAUUUGCGUGACAUUUUAACGUUUAAAACUUUGUAAUGCGUUAAUUCGUCGAAUAAGCAACUUGCUUUUCAUAUAUUCUAAGAAAAUCCUUUAAUUGCUCUCGAAUUUUUAGAAGUUUUUUUAGAAAAGAGCAAUGUCAGUUGUAAGUCGAAUGGAAUCUUGUUUCGAAAACGUUACGAAAUCAUACCUCAGUUGUUGUGAUCCGAGAGCCUGGAGCUUAUAUGGGGAAUCCCGGACAAAAUAUUUAUUCGACCAAAUUAAAAAUCAAAAAACAAAAUUCUCACGCGCGCGUGGAGGGAGUACUCAGGGAACACGUGAAAGUGUGGAGGAGCCUGUUAUCCGUCUCAGGAGUAAUUCUAGAGAGAAAACUGAAUACCGGAUUGGAGAAAAGGCGAAGAUGGUUGAUAAAAAUACUAAGGAUAAAGCGAAUUUGGAAAACAUAAAAAAAAUCCAGAAUCGUUUACAAUCCGAAGGAAAGGAUAUACGACCAGCCUUAGCACAUGUAUAUUUGCCAGGUGGCGAAAGCCACGCUUUCUUAAGAGGCAGUACGAGCAAAAUAUACGCGACAAUUAUUAGAAUGGAGGAAACUCUAGAAAAGUUAAUCAACAUCAUGAUUACCGUAGCGAAAGCGUACAUAAAUACCGGAAGGAGUUUGAAAUAUACCCUUGAAUCCUUGGAGCACCGGCGAGAAGCUUUGCAAAAGAAAUUAGCAGACACCACCUUUCGACGAUCUCACGAAAAAGUUAAUAACACUUUCCUGUACCUAAACUACGGCAUUAAUGAUGUCAGGAGGAGACUGGGACAACUUCUAAAUUUGAUGGAUUCGACGGAGAUGAGAAAAGCUACUGAACAAUUAUUUGACUUAAUAGAGUAUUACCUUCAGGUUCAAAAGCAAUAUGCAAGGCAACUUGCUAGCUUGGAUAAAACCGGAAACUGGUUGCAUGACCAGAGGGACAGUUUAGAGGAAGAGGUUUUAUUAACUACUACCAUCAACCCUCCCGUUUGUAAGAGUCAAGAGGAACCUGGGAUCCCAACCUCUCUAGGAAACUUUCUGCCUCAGUAUGGCUACAGACCAGUUGACUCGUUUGGUAUUUCUGAUGGUGCAGAUAAACAAGAGUGGCAGGAUAGGAUAACGCAUCCAAUGCACAGAAUGGUAUACGAUGACGAGCAUGACAGUGGUACCAGUUCGGGAUAUUCAUCCCGGCUUAAGUCUUUUCUAAGUCUGACUCGAUUUCUUCAAGUGGCGAACGAGGUAGAGUCAAUCCUAACUAAAUUGUUGUGCUCAUUUGCCUCAAAGCCAUUUCUGUUGGGACUUCCGUGCAUACCAAACUACAGGGAAAAUCGAUCCGGGAAAAGAAGAUCAACAACAAUGCGGAUGGAAUUUGGGCAAAUUCAUGUAUUGAAUGACAAAAUCAUCAAAGAGUGUCAGCACACCGAUGACUUCAUAAACUCCCUUCUGGAAGAGGAAAUUCAUAAAAAUGGACGAAAAUGGACUCAUCAACCGAAUCUAACUUGACAAGUUUGCUCUCUCGCUAAUCGAGCACGGACGCUAUUGCCGUCUUAGAAAUGAUUUCUGUUUCAAUCUUUAAUUUAUUAUUUAUUAUUGCAAAAGUUGAAAGGAAAAGAAAAAUCCGAAACUUUGCUGCAAAAGUCAUUUUCAUGACGGAAUGUGCGAUGUGCUGUGCAAUUUAUCGAGAGAUGUCAUGCCACUGCGAUUUUAUAGAAAAAACUAUGGUGUCAAGAUCAUCCAAGAGGUCUAUUUCUAUA